AUGGAAGGCGAGUUCGCCGCCCGGGACGGCGCGAAGCUCUACACGAAGACAUGGAAGCCCGAAUCCGGGUAUAUCUCAGCCAUCCUCAUCUUCCUUCACGGUUUCUCCGACCACAUCAAUGCCUACUACGACUUCUUCCCGACGCUCAGUUCCUCCUCGUUCGGUAUUGCCGUGUACGGCUUUGACCAACGAGGCUGGGGCCGCUCGGUCCGGAAACCAAGCGAGCGCGGACUAACGGGACCAAGCACACUCGUCAUAUCCGAUAUCCACGACUUCGUCCUCCACAUUGCUUCACUCCCAGAAACCCUGGGGAAGCCCUUGUUCUUGAUGGGCCAUAGCAUGGGCGGCGGCGAGGCGCUGUGCUACGUGCUGUCCACAUCACCGGAGUUCCAAAACCGACCGCCUAUCAAGGGCCUGCUGCUAGAAGCGCCAUACGUCGAGCUUGACCCUUCGGAACAGCCGUCGUCCCUAGUCGUUUCUGCGGGCAAGCUGGCCGCCAUGGUUCUUCCACAUACGCAGAUGAAGCAGAAACUCCACGCGACGUACAUGUCGCACUCGCCCAAGGUUCGCCAAGAUUGGGUCGACGAUCCGUUGUGUCAUGACACAGGAACGCUGGAGGGUCUCAAGGGCCUUCUCCAGCGAUCAGCUGAUUUGUCGGCCCUUUCUCAUGGCCGCAAGGUGCAUGGCUUGUCCACCAGAUUGCCCUGCCCCGUCUGGAUGGCGCACGGCACUAGCGACCGAGUCGUCUCCCCGACAGCUGCUGAGCGCCUUUUCAAAGUGCUCGAAGCGCCUAACGGCGAUAAGGUGUACCACUCAUAUCCCGAUGGAUACCAUAAACUGCACGCCGAGCCGGACGGCGUUGGAGAACAGUUUAUAAAGGACGUGGCAAGCUGGAUUCUAGCACAUGUUGCCGGGUCACCAGAGGCUGCUCAGGUUGGUACUUAG